AUGCUGCCAACGGAGGCUGCAGCUAAACGACUGGUUUCUUUAUGGCACACGGUCGCAUUGCAAGGCCUGGCGAACAUCGCCUGGGAGUUUGCGAAGCUUCGGGCUGUCAGUUUGCUGGCAUCGCAUGCGCUCCCAUCUUCUGCAAAGCUUCGAGUGUCAGAGCUUGGCCCACAAGAAACUGCCAACAGUAUGUGGAAAGCUGCUGCUUUGAUGUCCCACGGCCGCCCAGCCUUGGCAACAAUGUCCCAGCGUGCCAGACAGAUCGCUGCAGAGCCGCAUGCGCAGCAUCUCUCUAAUCUGGCACGAGACCAUGCAACGUCACAGUUCCUGGGCAAUCCAUUAAUGUUGGCGUUGGCAGAGAAGUUUGUGCAGAAAGCGCCAGAGAGCCGGCCUCAGCAGUUGUCGACCACCGCAUGGUACUUGGCCUCGCCGUCGCUGUCUCACAUGCCUUUGAUGGAAGCAACCACACAGCAAUCGCUCCGGCAGCUGCGAGAGCUCAGCCCACAGUCUCCGGCAAACAGCGCACAGAACUCGGCCACCUCUGGACUCAACGGCGAGCCCUCGAUCUCGGCUAUUGCGGAAGCUGCGUCCCUGCGGCUCUCUGAGCUCGAGGCCCAGGGUCUGGCCAAUCUGGUUUCAAGGCUGAUCAGUGGCAUGCGUGGAGCGGUUGGAGCAACAGUCGAGAUCGCUUAG